AUGUAUUGUUACGAUGAUAUGAUGAUGGAGACUUCUCCAUCAACAACAGCAACCCUUCAAUUUCACAACAAUAUUGAUUAUUUACAAUAUAUACCUUCUUCAACCACAACUGCCUCCUCCAAUAACGAUCUACAUUAUUUGCAGGACAAUUUAAUGUUGACAACUUUCCAUAAAUUUUUAAAAUCAAAUCCUCAAUAUAAGUAUCAUGAUGAAUUAUUAUUUCAUCGAUUAUUAAAUAUAUGUUGGCGAAGAAUCUAUAAAAAUCAUAAUAAUUUAAAAGAAUAUAAUCCUUUAGAAAUUAAUUGGGAUAAAAAUUCCGAUAUUACUUGGUUAUACGGUCCACAAUUAGAAUUGAUUGAAAAAGAAAAGGAAACUAUACCCAGAAGUUGUGAUUUUGAAAUGGAAGUUGAUAAUAUUAGUAAUUCUAGUACUAGUGUUAAUUCUACUGAUGAAGAUAAUGAUGAUGGUAGAUUAGAUUUAUUUCAUGAUGAUUUAGAUAAUAGUUCUAUAUCUUCAAUUGAAUCCUAUUGUUCAACAUUAGAAGAAGAAGAAGAAGAAAAAGAAGAUCAUGACAAUGAUUGUUAUUAUGAAGGUGAUGAAGAAGAUGAUUAUUCAAAUUCAAAUUAUAUUACUAAUAGUAAUUGUAUUAACAAAAGACAAAGAAAAGAUAAUAUCACUUAUCAUACAACAGUGAUAAAAGUUAAUAGAAGACAUGGUAGUAGUAGUAAUAUUGGAGGAGGAGGAGGAGGAUCUAGAAGAAGAUCAACUACAUCUACUAAUUCUUCUUUACUUGAUGAUGAUGAUAUUGAUGUUGUUAAUGCUAAAGCAAAACAAGAUGAAAUAAUGUAUUCAAAUUAUUCAGGUAAUCAAAAUCAUCAUCAUGGUCAUGAAUGUUUAUCAAAGAAAUCCAUUCUUAAAACCAAAACUCAAACCCAAACCAACAACUACACCACCACUACUACUACUAAUAAUAAUAAUAGCAUUGAUUGUUAUUAUCAAUGGGUAUUCCACAAUAAUAAUAGUAAUAACAGUAAGAAUGAAGGAGGUGUAAGGACCAACACUAAUAAACAAUUGAAAAAGAAAAAAGUAUCAUUCAAUCAUAUUGUUAAUACUAGAGAAAUAAUUAAUGGAAUGUCAGUUGAUUAUGAUUUCUUAGAUCACAAUUGUUUAUAA